AUGGGCAAUCUCCGGGAGUUGGGAAAUCAGGCCCCGCAGGCUUGCCGCCUGGUCAACGGCGUCGCGAACAGGGCGCAGGGAAGGGACUACAGUGCGUGGAGGCGCAGUGGUGGCCAUACUCGACGUACCGGUCGAGCAUCUGCCACAUCAGCGACGACGGGCCACCAGCUACCUGGUGGGAAGUUUGGACCGCUAAACGGGAAUCGCGGCCCUGGGAGUGGAAAGCACUUUAUAGAUGCCUACGGCUUCGAUUCGCAGACGCCCAACUCACUUUGCUUUGCCUCGUUCACUUCCACUAAGGCGCCAGGGACUAUUACAAACACAAUGACAACUGACCGUGGCUCCCGCGUUCUGGACGAUGACCCGUACGUGCCUCCUCCUCCUAGUCCUACUUAG